AUGGCAGCUUCAUGGGGUGAAAUUAUAGAAAAGAUACAGGAAGAGGAUAUGGUGAAGCAUGAAGUAAAGAAGAAAUUGUAUAUGCAGAUGGUAAAAGAAGUAGAGAAACACAUGGAGGAAGAGAAAGAGAUGAUGAGGAAGACAGAUGGGAUAACGUUACACAGCAAAGAAGAAAAAAGGGCUGAAAAGCUGGUUGGGAUGGACAAAUGUUUGGAAACCAUCAAUGUUAUGGUCUCGAAGGCUAAGCUGUUAGCUGGCGUGAAUCCUGAUAUACCUCUUAAAUCUCUGGGAAUGUCACUGAGUGGUGGAGAAAGGCAGGAUGUAAUUGGAAAUCUCAUGCAAAGUCGUUUUCCCAAUCUUAGUGAGAAGUACUACAUAACAUCUGAUGCUAUUGGAGCCAUGGCUACAGCUACUGACAAGGGUGGUAUUGUGUUAAUCACAGGGACUGGCUCCAACUGUACACUUGUGAAUCUUGAUGGAUCCGUGGUCGGCUGUGGAGGAUGGGGCCAUAUGAUGGGUGAUGAAGGGUCUGCUUAUUGGAUUGCACAUCUAGCCAUCAAGAUGGUUUUUGAUACUAUGGACAAUUUUAUAGUCCCACCACAUGACAUCAGCAAAAUCAAAAAUGCCAUGUUUGAGUAUUUCCAGGUAGCUGACCGAAUGGGCAUGCUUACUCACCUUUAUCGGACAUUUGAGAAAUCACAGUUUGCCGGUUUUUGUCAGAGAGUGGCAGAAGGUAAUCUUGCUCAGUAUCAUUAUAUCUUAUUGGUAAAACUUGUGUGUUUUAACCAUGGCAAAAAAAAAAAAAGGCAGUACUAUUUUCUAAGCAAAGAGGAGACUAUAAACUUGGCACUUGCAUAUUUUAGAUUUAUUGAUGAUUUACUUUUUUUGUGGAAUGGCACUUUUGAAGAAUUUUCUGACUUGGUGACAGAUUUGAAUCAUAGUACUGACUUCUUGGUCUUCAAAUUGAGUGAUUUUGGUGAUGACAUUCCCUUUCUUGAUGUCAUCCUCAUGGUAACUUUUGGUGAUUUUUUUUUUCAUCUGCAGGUACUGCUUAAAGGAGAUCUUGGAUUGUCUAUUCUCUGUGUAGGUUCAGUGUGGAAGAGCUGGGACCUCUUAAAAGAUGGGUUUCUGGAUGUCUUAUCUGAAGCAAGAAGAACCCCAGCCGGGAGGGACUUAACAAAAUUAAGCCUUUUAAAGCUCAGACAUUCUUCAGCAGUAGGUGGGGCCAGCUUGGGAGCCAAACAUGUGGGCCAUACGCUGCCUCUAGAUUAUGCAUCUAAUGUUGAUAUGCUUUACUCUCAUCAUUUUGAAUAGCUAAUGUAGAGACAUUAAAUGAAAGAUGUAAGUGUAAGUUCCUGUUCGAGGAAAGUGACAAUUCAUUAUUUGGCAUAAUUAAAUACACUUGUAUUUAAUUGCCAUUCACUGUUUACCAAAAUGCCAGUUUGUACAAUAAAAAAUGUUUCAUAGCAAA